CUUUCUCAGCCCUUCCGUCGGAUGCCACGGUUCAGCAUCCGCCCGAAGCCGGUGUUGCGCAUGCUGGCGGACGCGCCGCUCGAGUUCCCCGCGCCGCGGCUACGCCCGCGGACGGGACAGAGCGCCCUGCCGCCGGCCUCCUGGCGGAGGGCGGCGGAGUGGGUGGAUCUGGAGCUGGAACGGGCUGGGUUGCCGGUUGAGGCUGCGGCAGUUUUGGAGUCGCGAUGGGGCUCAGAUGACGUUCCUCAGCCAGAACCCAGUGUCUUAUGGCCUCAGCCAGCCUUGGACGACCAUCGGUCGCGUGGCUUUGCACUGCCAGGUGGCCCGGACAAUAAGGAGACCCAGAAGAAGCAGCUGAAGCAGCUGGCAGAUAAUCAGCAAAGGCUGGAGGAGUUGUGGAAGAUGAGCAACAGUCACGGCAUCAGCUGGGAUGAACUGGACACGGCCUUCGUGGCCUUCGCCAAGGAGGGCAAGAGACGCUACGCGCAGUGGUCUCAAGUGCCACAGGCGGCGAAGGCGGGUGGGGAUUCUGCCAAGGCUGAUCUGCCCAAAGCGGCAAAGAUGAAGCUAGAAUGUGAGGCCAAGGCGAAGGACUUCUACGCGCAGUUCCGCCCCAGCGAUGAGGAGGGCAACCCAGUGGAUCCCAAGCGGAUGUGGCCCAGCAGGGUGCGGCGCCUCGCCGCGCGGCUCUUCGUCCAGGAAAAGAAGAAGUUCCUGGCUCCAUGGGCCCCAGGAAAGCUGACCGGCAACCUGCAGGCACUCGUGGCCGCCAAGAUGAUCCGCCGCGAGACCCACGAGCGCAUCUACGGCUUGGCGGUGCCUGACAAGGAGGAGGAGACGAAGGAGAACUGAGCUGUGAGCCACCGGCGCAGAGAAAAGAAACGAAGACGUAGCUGUGGCUGUUUGGACAGGCCAUGGGAGCGUAUCGGUAUACACCCUUAGAUUCUUCCAAAUUGCAACCAAGCUUGGGCAUUCCAACCAAGCAUCUUGCAAACAUUCCUUUAAACAAAUUCAGAAUGCAUCGGAUUCUGAUCAGCUUUUGGCAGAGAGGUUCUUCCCGUUCUUUCCUUCUUUUGCACGCCCAUGGGGCCAUGAUUGUUGGCGCGUGGCGAACCCCGCACGCACGGAAUGCCGGGCGACGAUUCGUCGGCGGAAUGCCGGCCUUAGACUUACCCUCCAUCCAACAAGCAUGUUCCGGUGGAACACCAAAG